AUGAAGCUCCUCGCAUCCACCGUCCUGUUGGGCGCUGCCUCGGCAGCUAUCACGAAGCAGCAGCAGAUCCUCAAGAACCCUUUGGAGGGACAGAACCCUCUCAAGGAUGCUGCUAAGCCAAUCGCCAAUGCCUGGUCGAAGUCCCUCAACCAUCUCGCAGAGUCGAUGAGUGAGAUGACUGCUGAGGCAAAGGCCAUCUGGGAUGAGGUCACAAUGUACUUCCCAGAAGAGAUGGAGAAGGCAUCCUUCUUCUCAGCACCAAAGCCACACACAAAGAAGCCAGACAAUACCUGGGACUAUGUUGUCAAGGGUUCUGAUAUCCAGAGCGUUUGGGUCGAGAACGCCAACGGAGAGAAGGAGAGAGAGAUUGAUGGAAAGCUGGAGUCAUACAAGCUGCGGGCCAAGCAUGUUGACCCUUCGAAGCUUGGUGUUGAUACCGUCAAGCAGUACAGUGGUUAUCUUGAUGAUGACGAAAAUGACAAGCAUCUGUUUUAUUGGUUCUUUGAAUCUCGCAAUGACCCAAAGAACGACCCCGUAAUCUUGUGGCUCAACGGUGGACCAGGAUGCUCUUCUCUUACUGGCUUGUUCCUCGAACUUGGCCCAUCUUCCAUCGACAAGAACCUCAAGCUUCACAGCAACCCAUACUCCUGGAACGCCAAUGCUUCAGUCAUCUUCCUUGACCAACCAGUCAAUGUUGGUUAUUCCUACAGUGGUGGAUCCGUCAGCAACACCAUUGCUGCUGGAAAGGACGUUUACGCUCUCCUUACCCUGUUCUUCAAGCAAUUUCCCGAGUACGCGAAGCAAGACUUCCACAUUGCCGGAGAGUCUUACGCUGGCCACUACAUCCCAGUCUUCACCUCUGAGAUUCUCGCACACAAGAAGCGUAAUAUUAACUUGAAGUCUGUUCUCAUUGGCAAUGGUUUGACCGAUGGCCUUACUCAAUAUGAGUACUAUAAGCCAAUGGCCUGCGGAAAGGGUGGAUACCCAGCUGUUCUCGACGAGAGCGAGUGCCAGGCUAUGGAGAAUGCUCUUCCCCGCUGUCAAAGCAUGAUCCAAGCCUGUUAUGAUAGCGAGAGUGUCUGGUCUUGCGUCCCUGCCAGCAUCUACUGUAACAACGCUAUGAUUGGCCCAUACCAAAGAACUGGCCAAAAUGUUUAUGAUAUCCGUGGACAAUGCGAGGAUUCCAACAACCUUUGCUACUCCGCUCUCGGCUGGAUCAGCGAAUUCUUGAACAAGGCUGAUGUCCAAAAGGAGCUUGGCGUUGAGGUCAGCAGCUACGACAGCUGUAACUUCGAUAUCAACCGAAACUUCCUCUUCCAAGGUGACUGGAUGCAACCCUUCCACCGUCUCGUCCCAGGCAUCCUUGAGCAAAUCCCAGUUUUGAUUUACGCCGGUGAUGCUGAUUUCAUCUGCAACUGGCUCGGUAACCAGGCCUGGACCGAGGCUCUUGAGUGGCCAGGACAGAAAGACUUCAACAAGGCCAGUAUCAAGGACAUCAAGCUUGACAACGGUGACAAGUACGGAAAGAUCAAGAACAGCGGCAAUUUCACCUUCCUCCAGAUCUUCGGUGCUGGCCACAUGGUUCCCAUGGAUCAGCCAGAGGCAUCAUUGGAUUUCCUCAACAGAUGGGUUGGUGGAGAGUGGUUCUAG